AUGGACUCUUCUCAGCGACCUCUUCUCCACACAGACCCCCGCCAGCGCAGCCCCUUUGCCCAGCCUGCGACAGCAGCAGCUGCUGCUGGGCGAAGCAGCCGCAGCAGCAGCAGCAGCACUGGGGAGUUUGUGCUGGUUCCCUCGACGUCUCCCUUUGCCAGGCCCUCCACCUCCUCACUAGAGAACAGCUGCAAUCCGCAGGUGCUUCCCCCGAAGAAUACGAGCAUCGGCAGCGAUAGCAGCGAUAGCAGCGGCAGCGAUAGCGGCGGCAGCGAUAGCAGCGGCGGAGAUGGCGGCAGCUCUAUGGGCGAUUCGGUGUCUCUGCGCCUCGCCACUGCUGCAGGCACGGCUAUAGUGAGCAGCAGCAGUAGCGCAGCAGGAGAGGAUCAUCCUGGAAGUCUUCCUCAGCAGCAGAAUUUGCAGCCCAAGCCUUAUGCUUCUGCAGAGACGCCGCCUUUAGUGAGCUACGGCGCUCUCCAGCAGCAGCCACACGUUCGGCAGUUGGGUAACUCUAGGCCCUUGCUGCUGAGCGAGCUGGAUACUCCCUUUGACGUGGCUAGAACAAACAAGGCAGCUCUCUUUCUCGCUGGCAGAUCCUCGAUGCCUCCCAGUGCGCCCCUGUCUGCACCCCCCCAGCAGCAGCAGCAACCGGUGCAAACAACUGCAGGCAGCGGUCCUGUCAGCAGCACAAACAACAGCAGCAACCCUCCAAACACCACCAAUCUCGUCCCUGCUUUUCCAGAGCGCAGCUCGGCUGCACUCAGAAACAGCGCUGCACUGGCACCUGCUGCACUCCCCAGCAGCAGCAGCAACAACAAUUGCAGCAGCAACAACAAUUGCAGUAGCAGCAACAACAAUUGCAGUAUCCUGAAAUCGUCAAAAACCUCUCAUAGGGAUGCACAAAGGCCUAACAGCAGCAACCCUGCUGUCUCCGGGCUUUCCAACAGCAGCAGCAGCAGCAGCAGCAGCAGCAGCAGCAGCAGGGCAGAAGCAGCAAAAACAAUUGCUGCCUCUCGAGAGUUGAUCGCUCGAGUGGGGAGAGUACUCAGCUCGCAGCCAGCAUCUCUGGCAGCACAAACACUCGCUGCACGGGGUGCUGCUGCGCCUCAACUGCCAGAUCUCACUUUUCCGUUGCCACACGCUGCAUUGGAAAAGGCUUUUCAUGCGCGACUGCCUGCUGCUACGCCUCUCGCCACUGCACUGCGCACUUCUCGACAGUCGUCCUCCUCCCUUGCAACGUCGUCGCUCCAUGGCAGCCAGCAGCAGCAGCAACAGCAGCAACAGCAGCAGCAACAGCAACAACAGGUGCUGCUGCAACGUGUCACGCAAGUGCACCGGCCGUCUACAGCCUCAGAGGCACUCGCUUGGUCCUGGUCGGAUGAAGACGCUGAGGCAGCCAUGCACCAGCUGCUGCUACCCCAACAACAGCACCAACAACAAGUACAGCAGCAGCAACAACAAGUACAGCAGCAGCAACAACAAGUACAGCAGCAGCAAAAGCAGCAACAGCAGCAGCAGCAGCAGCAGCAGCAGAGGCCUGGAUGCAGUGGAAACAGCUCUCGCCGCCAGUCCAGACGACCCCUUGAGCCUCUCGCUGGGAAGUAUGCAUCAGCAGCAACAUCAGCAGCAACAUCAGCAGCAACAUCAUCAGCAAUAUCAGCACCAACAUCAUCAGCAGCAGCAGCAGCAGCUGUGUCUCUAUCCAACGCUGUUGGGUAG